AUGGUCCAAUGGUUAAUAAUUAUUCUUGUUUAUAAUUUUGCAAUUCUUAAAUUAUCAGUAAGUGAAAUAACACUUUCAUUACGUUUACUUCAUUAUAAAAAUCGUAAUGGUUUAACAUAUGAAAAUCGCCCGUGUGAUACACGAUAUGAACAUGAUAUCAAUCAUGAUGGACGAUGUGAUACCGCUUUUUUAUUUUGUCUUGUACGUUUACCUUUUCAAAAUCCACAUAAUUGUACAUUAGGUGAUCAUUUUACGGGUUUGGUUGGUGGUGAUGAUAUACAUUUUAUUGAUAUUGAACAACAACAAAAUGAUAAAAUUGACGCACAACAACGAUCAACAUCUUUACAUAAUUCUCUUUGGUUUCAACCCGUUAUUCAUUUUCAUUUUAAAUAUCCGAAAACAGGUAUUGGUUUAAUUGUUGAAGUUUUUGAUGUUGAUGAUGAAAAUAAUCAUACAAUACAUGAUUCAAUUGAUUUUUAUGGAAGAACAUUACUUGAUCUUAAUAUUUAUCCAUCAUUUAAUAAAUCAAAAGCACAAAGAAUUUAUUUACGUAGUUUAUUUGGUACUUAUACGAAUCUAACAGCAGAUUUUUCACUUUAUUGUUCAACAAAUUAUUAUGGAACUGAUUGUGAAAUAUUUUGUUUACCAAAUGAACAACGUUAUGAUUGUGAUUUAAAUACUGGACAAAAAAUUUGUAAAUAUGGAUAUUUCGGACAAGAUUGUUUAAGUGAAGUUCUUGCUUGUGAAAAUCAACCAUGUUUAAAUAAUGGUACAUGUGUUGUAUAUCUUCGAAGUUAUUUAUGUCGAUGUCAGAAAGGAUUCACUGGACGAUCUUGUGAGACUGGAACAAAAAUAAAAACUUUGGUAUCGACAUGUAAUCGAUUGAAUUGUAUUCAUGGUGAUUGUUUAUCAAAUGGAAAAUGUCUAUGUCAUAAUAGUUGGAUAUCAGAGAAUUGUAAUCAAAGUUUAACAAUAAGAGAAUCUGGUUGUGCUAGUCGUCCGUGUUUGCAUAAUUCAACAUGUGAAACAUUAACUGAUGUAAAUCCAACAACAGCUUAUCGUUGUCAUUGUCGAUCAGGUUAUAGUGGUCGUAACUGUGAAGUUGCUAUUAUUAAUGCUUGUGAACGAACACCUUGUAUUCAUGGUCAAUGUUUUAAAAUUGAUUUAUAUUCCGAAAUUUGUGUUUGUAAAAGAAAUUGGACUGGCAUUGAUUGCUCCCAAUCAUUAUUAAGUACUACAGUUUCUACAACAACUAGACCAACAAUAACAUCUGCAAAAUUCAUUCAUACAACAAAACCAAUAAAAAUUAUUAAUAGAAAUCUUACUGAUAUGCAUAAUUAUCUUAAUUGGUUAAAUACAAAAUAUAUUAUAAAGGAAAAUAUAAGUAUAUAUGAACAACCUGUUACAACACCAUUAAGUGCUCAUAGUUUUAGAUAUACACCAUGUAUAAGUACACCAUGUCUUCAUAAUUCAACUUGUGUUGCUCUAUCUGAACAUAAAUAUCAAUGUAUUUGUCCACCUUCAUUUAUUGGAAUCUAUUGUGAAAUAGAACAAAAUCCAUGUGAAAGUUCCCCUUGUCAACAUCAAGGUUUUUGUAUAACAAAACCCAGUCAACUUAUUCAAUGUAUAUGUCGCCCACAUUAUACCGGCAAAUUUUGUGAAUAUCCAGUCCCUUAUUAUUUACCGCCAUAUAAUGACAAAUGUAAUCGUCCUUGUCUUAACGGUGGUUUCUGUCUGCGUGAUGAAUCCAAUCGAGAACAAUGUAUUUGUAGACCACUCUACACAGGAUUAUAUUGUGAAUCAAAGAAGAAUAAUUGUACAAAUAGUAGUGAUUUAUCAUGUAAUAUUGAUCCAUGUAAAUCAAAUCCAUGUUUAUCAAAUGGUACAUGUCAUUCAUUAUUAUCUUCAAAAAAUUAUACUUGUUCAUGUUUGGAACAAUAUUCUGGCGGACGAUGUGAAAUAAAUAUAAAUUCCACUUCAAGAAUAGCUCUAUCGAGUGAUACGAAUGGAAAUUCCGAUGAUGAUAAUACAUAUAAUCUUUGGCCACUAGCUAUUGUAUUUGGUUAUGUAUUUUCUUUAAUGUUAGUUUUUAUAGUAAUCUGGUUUCUAUGGUAUGGUUUAACACUUCGUCCACAAUCAUAUACUCCUUAUGGUGAACGUGUUAGUGAACGAUAUCAACCAUAUCGUUUAGGUGUUAGUAAUCCACUUUUUUUUACAAAUCAAGAAUAUAUUACACCUAUAUCAAAAACAUUUUUAACACCACCAACAACAAUAUCAAAUCUUGAUCAAUGGACACGAACACUAACUCGUUAA